AUGAAUAAGCCGGGGAGGCCCGGGCCGACAAAGGUGUCGGGCCCGGUGGUCAUUGUUUGGUCUUGUCGGGACGGGACGGGAGAUGUGUAUCCCGCGGGUCUUUCCAAGAUCCCGUUACCAACAUCAAACGGUGGACUUCAUGGGGAUCCCACGUCACGUAAUCAUCAACCUCUAGUGGAACCUCUUUCUUCAACAACAACAAAAGAAAGGGAUCGUUUGUUUAUAAGUUUAGGUAAGAAGUGUUUAAUGUUUUUGGUAUCCAAGUAUGAAGAUGAUGGCAAGUGA